AUGGGAGGGAGAUGGACAGAGUCCGAGGGUGACACGAUUACAUUGGAAGAGGACACUGUGAGAAGCAUCGAGAUUUGGCUUCGACAUUUCCACGGCACUUUGGAUGUAGUGACGUUGGAUGAUAUCUCCGUCGCCGAUAUAUGGCAUAUCAUACUGGCUAGUGAUAAGUACCAGUUUAACCGGAAUGACUUGCUCCAGUGGUUCAUCCGAUGGUACCGCAAUGCCACAGCUGCAGGGAUACACCGCGAUAACCUGGCCAAGAAGUUGAUGCUCCCUUGCUACGCCUUUGACUACGCACACGGCUUCCAAGACCUCACAAAGCGCCUUGCGUACGAGGAGAAGGGCCACAUUAUGGAGAUCAACCCGAUUGACAACGAACGCAUGCUGAGAGGAAUGUCACGACAACCCUGUUCUAGUUGCGGUAUCGAAUGGAAGAGACGUGUUGGAAAGGCGAUUGAGGUGACGAGGGACUAUUUUGAUGGGCUGUGUCUGGACUGUAUGAAAACCACUGUUAAGGCCGAUGAGGAGUACUGGUAUCACGCUAGCUACAGAAGCCGACAUGACGAGAAUUGCCGCAUCACUCAUGGGGAGCCCACGCAUUAUUUUAGUCUGAUGGCACGCCGUGAUAAAAGGGGACUAGUUGCAGAUUAG